AUGACUUCUAUGAGUACUGUCGUUUGCCCGACAGAUAGUCAGGCUACAAGUGGCUUCACUAUUUGCAGCACCUUGCCGGUAACUGGGUACACUCGACGCAGCUUGGAGACACAGCACACCCCAAAGUCUCAGAAUCCCAGGACGCAUACACGAGAUCGCCUUACCCAUCAAACCCAGCCUUUCUCGGGCUACUGGUCCCUGCCCGAUACCCAAUGGGAGCUGACAACAGUGCUCAAUCCUCAAGAAAGGGGCGCGCUAAUGGAUUGGACUCCGACGAAGUCUUGCGUACUUGACGAAAACUUGAUACGUAUUCUACAAUCGUGGGGAUCAGCACUCAUUCAUAUUAAGAAGAUAUACCGACGUCUGAACGAUUUGCCAGCGUAUCACGCCCAUUUCCAACCUCUAGUCGAGCAUUACUACGAUGUUCGACGUCUGAAAGAUCUCGUGGAAUACAUUGGAACUGUUAUAUUAGAGCACAUUUUGGGAAAUUAUGAAUGGACAGAGACCGGUAUCGAUCCUAAUGACCCAGAAGACACACCACUAGCCCAGGCUCGUCGCGCGGCGGUUCUGAUGUCUCAAGCUGGCUUCGGGAACUGGCUCCGCCUGAUUGUCGAAAAUUUCGGGGAAGUGCCCGUACAGGCGAGACGAUCAACGCAAAUCAUCAACUUUGACUUUCAUUUCAGCCUACAAGGACUUCCAUCAAUCGUCUCGCAUCUUCUGCGUUCAAACGGCACAAAAGGCGAGGUCCUGGUCAUUGACCUGAAUCUGUUUGUUGAACGCCGUUCUAGUUGGCCUUAUGCAGGAGUGUCUACAUCGGUUCAAGAACGUGAGACAAAAAAUUCUCAAGUCACUCCUGUCACGACUAAAAACGACUUCUAUGAAUCUGUUACGACUGUCCCCCCAAGCCCUCCAAGAACCUCGAGGAAGGUCGAGGAAGAUAUCUUUGAGACGACUAAUGCUGCUACUUCCCACUCCGGUGACACACACGAUGAUAUACAACUUCAUGACCCGGAGUCUGCCUUAAUCGAUGCCGGCCCCGAAAUUGGACCCGACAAGUCCCUAGGCGACCUGCGCCACAUCCAUAAGACGUUCAGCGAGGAAACUUUGGCGACCCUUGCCAGAAUCAGAGAACAAUUGUCCAAGGCCAUCGAGGAAGAGGAUAGAGCGGAGCGGAUGCUGAACGGCCAUGAUACUCCUCUCGCAGAAAAUGACAUUGCAUCAGAUCGUAACUACUUGGACGAGGCAUCUGCUCAUCAUCUGAGCGGCAUUCUGAAUGAAUAUAUCUCCCCUACAUCGGACCAGACAGACGCGGAGGAGGAAGCACAAUGCGAUAGCAGCGGUGUGAAUUACGACCAACAGGACGAGAGCUCGGGUUUGGGAGCAGACGAUGAUGUUAUCAAUCGGUGCACGCCCGCAGAACUCCGCCGGCUGAGAGAUGAGCUUGCCUUAGAAAUGUAUACGAUGUUAGCCUACCUCAAAGAACAGGCUUUGGAAGACAAAAGUGCCGAGGAUAGUGACAGUGCCGAGGGCGAGCAGCCAGUGCCGGACUGGUUGGAAGAUCAAAUUGCAGACACUUGCGCAGGCGCAUGGGAACAUGGUCGCCUGCUAGGACAUUCUCUGAGGAUGAGGAGCUCUGUAGCAGCUGCAUACGCACACGAAGAGCAGCUUGAAUUGGAAACGCUUGCAACGGACGAGCCGGAAACGACAGAAAAAAAAUCCUGA